AUGAUUGUCAGCGGGAAGGGUGGCGUGGGGAAGAGCACCAUGACGAAGGAGUUGGCGUUUGCACUCGGAGCACGCGGAUUGUCGGUUGGGCUGGUUGACAUGGACAUCUGCGGGCCGUCGCUCCCUCGUCUGACUGGUGUGCGCGGCGAGGAUGCGCAUCAGAGCGCUGGCGGUAUCGAGCCCGUCCUGGUGGAUGAGAACGUGGUCAUGAUGUCGAUGCACUACCUGUUGUCGGACAAGAACGAGGCGGUACUGUUCCGUGGACCUCGCAAGAACGGCGUCAUCAAGAUGUUCCUUAAAGACGUGAUGUGGGGAGAUCUGGAUGUCUUACUGAUUGACACCCCACCUGGUACGUCCGAUGAGCACAUUACCAUCAGCUCGCUGUUGCAGCAGACGACGAACGGCAUAGACGGUACCGUGCUCAUCACGACCCCGCAGCGCGUCGCGGAGGCGGACGUGCGUCGCGAGUUCAACUUCUGCCAGAAGGCGAAGUUGCCCAUCCUCGGCCUUGUGGAGAACAUGAGCGGCUUUGUGUGCCCGGGGUGCCACAAGGAGUCGGAGAUUUUCCCAAAGGAGGAGGGCAAGAUGGGAAAGAAAGAGGGCGCCGGUGCUCGACUCAGCCGCGAGUUUGGGGUUCCCCUCUGGGGGGCAGUGCCGCUGGACCCUCUGCUCAUGAAGGCAUGUGAAGAAGGCAUCUCCUUCUCCGAGUACGUCGAGAAGAGCGAGAUGACGAGUAGCACCACGCUCGACGUUCUCUUUACCGUAGCUGACCAGCUGAUCGCCUCUCUAGGAAUUCAGAUGGAGUGA